AUGGUUUCUAUAGAAUCAUCAGCAGCAGCAGCGCCAUCAGCAUAUGAUAUGUUGGAGAGUUUCAAUUUCCCAAAAGGGAUUUUACCAGAAGGUGUAAAAGAUUAUGUUUUACACGAAGACAACAGAUUUGAAGUGAAUCUUGGUAAAGAAUGCAAAUUUCAAGUUGAAGAAAAUGGUUAUUAUCUGCAUUACCAGAAAAAGAUUACUGGUAGUGUUGAAUUUGGGUCUUUGAAGAAUCUGAAAGGUGUUUCUGUGAAAAUAUUGUUUAUCUGGGUUGGGAUUUCAGAAGUUUUUAACAAUGGGGAUGGGAAUUUAGAGUUCUUUGUUGGUCCUGUGUCUGCUUCUUUUCCUGUAUCUAAUUUUGAUGAAAAACCUGAAUGUGGUUCACAUCUUAAUAAUAAUCAAUUGAUAUCUGAUUCUUAA